GUCUGUCCCUGUCCUUAUACCUUAACUCCGAGCAACGAUACCAUCUAUUGCCAUCACCCUCGGAUUGUUACUUAUCCCUUGUCGCACCUCAACGUUCCCAGUGUAACCGCCGCCGCCGCCGCCGCCGCCGUCAUCGUCGUCGUCGUCUCUCUACUACCUCUCUCGGGCAGUCCGUGGCGAGUCGGGUGUUUGACUGUUCUCAUCAUCUUGUUGAUUUCAUACGACUGGUAUCGCGAGUAUCUCUCGGCCAACAUGUCGCAUCUCGCGUCCUUGCCACCCGAGAUCCUCCAUCAUAUCCUGAAGUGGCUCAGCCCCGAGGAGCUGCUGCUACUCCGUCGCGUGUCGCGCCUGUUUUACGCGUACAUCAAGGGGAACUGGAGCCUCCACCGUGACGUGUAUACGCGGAACUUUGUAGAUUACUCUCUCGCCUCGGCGCGUUCAUGUUCACGACAGCUGACUUGGCCCAGGACACGCCACCACAGGCAGAUCUCGAAUGGGAGAACGAGUUGCAGGACCUGGUGAAGCUUGCGGCCGUAUGUCGGCGCGGCGACUUCCAGGACAAGGCUCAUCACCUUGUAUUCGUUUCAUCAGCGGUGAACCGACUCUUGAAGCAUGCUUCUUCUCAAGGACACACUGCGGAGAACUCGUACACCCACUGCGCCUCUCGAAACGCCGACUUCGUAGCCGGGCUUUUUGAGGAUCGGACAAAUCGAGAGGCUUUCUUGCAGCGGUCGUCCCUCUUUGCGCGAGUACGGAGCGCUCACAGAGACGCCGGAUCAGAGCCAUGUGGCGAGACAUCUCACGCUGAGGAGCGGCAGCUGAGCGCCAAGCUCCACUGCUUGUACGGCAAACCUAUUCUCAACGUCGGCAGGCUCAGGUCGACGCGCACAUACCCUUUUGCCGUAUCCAAGGUGUAUGACUUGAGAGAAUACACACCAUUGACAAAAUGGGGUCCAUUCAUGGAGGACAUGGAUACGCGCGUCGACUGGGAAAAGGUUGAGGCCAUCAUGGUCGCCCUUGGGUACAACAUAUCCGCGCGGCGAGUGACCAAGUUCUUUAGCGACACAUGGGACAGCCCGUUCUCUGGCUCCUGGCCCAAGAGUUUCAUGCCGUCACCAAAGGCGGAACUUCGGUCGCUCGAUGCUGAAGACCCAUACGGCGUGACUGGUACCUGGUUUCGGAUCGUUUGCUUCCUCGACUACAAUGACUUCUUUAACUUCAAUUUUCCCGUCCGCGAAAACGCCUGGGAUGGCGCCCCCAGGCCGCCUCUGAGCGUAGGGGAAGAGACUCGGCUCAUCGUUAUGAGAACGCACAUAACUAGCAUUGAGCCACCUGGACCUAAUGACAGUCAGGAUUUGCCUGUGGUGAACUUUGUCGGCGUCUCUCGCUCUCUGGACGGCUCCUGGGAUGACAAUGCCAACUCCGAUCUCCGAGCAUUCGCAUCGAAAGGCAAGGUGCGGCUCACAAAAGAAGGCGAAGUCCGUUGGACGACCAUUUCCAUAUUCCACGGUGAAGAGCGCUGGAGGAGCGAGGGGGUGCAAGUCGGGGGCGUCCGAUCGGCGCGAGGCGUGAUCGGCAACUGGUUCGACAAAGACUAUGAUCCGCACGGACCGGCUGGGCCGACGGCUUUUUGGAAGUCUAGCGACUCCGAGGGCUCAGUGAACACGGAGCAAGGCCUAUUCCCCAACGACUUUGUUCUGGCAUAUAGCACCGGCAUGUUUUCCGACGACUCAGAUCCAGAGGCGGAAAUGGACUACGAGGACGAUGAGGACGACGAGGAUAUGGACGAGCUAUCAGAUGCAGAGCCGAUAUCGAACGAGCUGACAGGGUUGCUCAUGGACGCGCAGCUAGACGUGGCGGACAUUGUGCAGCAAGCGGAGCAGCCGUGAAGGAGAUGAUUGCAUGCCAUUGAUCUCGCAUGGUUCUGGUCGCGUCUAAUUGUUAUUGCUGUACGAGUGAUGGGUAAUAAGUGUAUAGGCACGAAAAGACAGCCAAGCCAGCCCAACGUCUAUAUCUCCGCCCACAUCUCUCUAAGAUGCUCAGCAGCUGACCGUCCUUUUUGCGCCUCAUCUCGCCGCGCAGCGUGGCGAGCUUCUUGCCGACCUGCACAAUGUGCGUCUCGAUGAGGAUCUCGUCGCCGGCACGGGCGGGCCGCAUGUAGGUGACGUUGAGGCUGCGGCUGACGCCGAGGUACUGCCAGAAGCCUGGGCGGUUGACGAGGCAGAGGGGCAUGGUGGUGCAGAAAUCAAAGAGGGUGGCGGCGGCGCCGCCGUGAAGGCUCUGGAGGCGGUUGCAGUGAUCGGGCUGGACGGUGUAGGUGAAGGUAACGGAGGGGUGCGGCUGGGCGGCCGAGGUAGCCUGGACGUCGAGGUACGGGACGAGGGCGGUCAUCCAGUCCUGCAGCGGUUCAGUCAGUUGGCCCGUUCAAGGGGCUUAGGAUGGAGGAGAAGUAGGAGGGAUACGAUCAUGAUCACGAGAGAAGGAGAGACAUAAGAGAGGAAGACGGCGAACGUACCCCCGCCUUGAGGCGGCCGUCGUCAUGACGGUCGAGGUUGAGCCAGGCGCGAAUCUUGCCCUCUGGAGAGUCGAGGGCGGUGUCCGAGACGCCACUGUUGGGCUUGUCACCGUUUGACAUGGUUGUGAUGUCCUUUGGUCGGUGAGGUGACGUAGAUGCAGAAUGAGAAUGAG